GACCGCUCUCGGGAUUUUUCCGUUCCCUUCGAGUCAGUUCGAGUCCGACGAGCGUGAGGUUAGGUGGUGCUAUCGGUCAGAAAGAGCAUUUCGAGUGUAGCUGUAUGCGGUGCGCGUUGUUAGUGAACACAGCGUUAACGAAACAGCUCUAGCGAAGUGUUUUUUCGGGAAAAGUAAACGGGCGCGGUUUUAUUGUGUUCCCUCGUUUGAAAAGUGAAUGGAGAUCGAGUUUGUUGUACAACCGUACAUAAAAUAAUGUUGACUUCUAAAGUGAUAUAAAAGCAAAUGUAAUUUAGAGUGAAAUAUUAUGAUGAUAGUGUGCAAAUGCUAAAGGGCUAUUAGUUAAUAACUUAAUGUUUAAAAACGUUAGUGAUUCAGAAAUUUUAUUAGCUGGAUUUUAGGAAUCUUAAUUUUAUAAAAUGGAAUUGGCUCGUAAAAGAUAUAAGAGCGGGCGCGGCUCGUCAUUGAGAGGAAGCGUUGAUCGUAGAGCUCGUUAUUCGGGUUCUUCAGUUUUGCAUCAUCAUCACCAUCAUCACAAUAAUCAACCAACGACAAACUCCACUUAUAACCAAUCUUCAAACAAUCAAUUAACAACUCCUACUGGUCGUCAGCAGCAGACGAACGCUUGGCAGGCACAGCAGCAGCUCUUAGCUAUUAGUGCGCAACAUCAUCAAACUCUUACUAGAGAACAUCAGGAAUUUUUUGGCAGUCAGGCAACAGACGUACGAUUGGAGCUCAGAGAGUGUGCCUCAGCUAACGGUGAACAUCAAAGACGCAAAGGUUUAGUCGUACAACAGUUGCAGAAUCAGGCGCAGCAACCACUUGCUGUGGGAGCAGCGGCUGUGGUCGAGCAACAUCUGGCAAGCGGAGCUGCGGGUAACAAACCCGGAGCUCACCCAGAGCACCGGCGCACCCGGAGCCGGGGAAUGAAUAUGGGCCAAAAAAUAUCCGGCAGUGUCAAAUCCGUGAGUCGCGACUCUCCGGCACCCUACAAGCCGGUGAUACCGCGCGAAUUGGCUGCAGACUUUGCACGACCAGCUCGUCUCGAUGUGCUGCUUGACAUGCCAGCAUGCGCUCGCGAUGCUCAACUCCGACACUCCUGGAACGCAGAAGAUCGCUCACUUAACAUAUUUGUCAAAGAAGAUGACAAGCUUACAUUCCAUAGGCAUCCAGUUGCCCAAAGCACAGAUUGUAUUCGAGGCCGUGUAGGUUUUACAAAAGGAUUACAUGUUUGGGAAGUGCAAUGGUCAACUAGACAGCGUGGCACACAUGCUGUUGUUGGAGUUGCAACAUCUGAAGCUCCACUUCAUUCUGUUGGCUAUCAAAGUCUUGUGGGUUCCUCUGAUCAAUCUUGGGGGUGGGAUCUUGGCCGCAAUAAGUUAUACCAUGAUAGCAAAAAUACAGCUGGCGUCACUUAUCCAGCUCUCUUAAAACCAGACGAGACCUUUGUUGUGCCUGAUAAGUUCUUGGUUGUCUUAGACAUGGAUGAAGGAACAUUAAGUUUUGUAGUUGAUGGCCAAUAUUUGGGAAUAGCCUUUCGUGGAUUAAAGGGACGUAAACUUUACCCCAUUGUGUCUGCAGUCUGGGGCCAUUGUGAAAUUACCAUGAAAUAUAUUGGUGGUCUAGACCCUGAACCUCUUCCAUUGAUGGACUUAUGUCGACGUGUAAUCCGACAAAAAGUCGGAAAGCAACAUUUAGAGGAGCGAGUGAAGGAAUUGUCAUUACCUCUUGCAAUGAAAUCAUACUUGUUAUAUCGUGAUAGAAGGUAAUGUCAGAAUGGUGACAUGUUUAAAUACCUUCAGAAAUAACUAACAAUAUAAAAGCUAAAACACCAUGAUUAUUUAAAUAGUGAUUUUAGUUUAAAUAUUUAUGAAAUGCAGUUUAUUCUUAGUGAGUAACAUUAUUUAAGAAAGUAAUUUUUUGAAGUGAAUAAAAUGAGACUUGUCCAACAUGAUACAUAGUCUGCUAUUACAAAAAUAUAAUAGUGUAGUGUAGAUAUCACAUUGUUUGAAGUAUUCCAGUCAAAGAUCUCAUGAAAUUAUUUGAGUGGUGAGAAAAGUAUAAUUGUGAUUAGUGUGUUAUUCAAAUGGUAAAGACAAUUUUUAUAAGCGAAAACUGAAGUGAUUUCACAUUGUGAAAAUAUUUACUAAUUGUGAAAUGUAAAACAUUUCUGUGGCAAUUAUAGCUAUACAUGUAGUAAAUCCAUCAUGCAGAGACUGUUCAAGCUUUAAUAUUGCAUUUUUAAAAUUCAGACAAUUUUGAAAAAAUUGAUUACGUUUGUUCAUCCAAUCAUUUUGCUUAU